GAAAAUUAUAAAUAAUUUUUAUAAGUGCUGUUACUAUAACGUAAGGGGUAAACAAAAGCGUUAUCAUAAUAAUUAUUGAUACAAAGAGAAGUAUCAAUAUCGUGUUUUAUAAGCAGGAAUUUUAUAAAUUCGUAGGCAUCAACAACGCUUAAUCUAAAACCAGUGAACUGGAUGUGCGGUCAAAAAAUUGGCGCAUUGGUACGAUUCAAAUAGAAAUGGUGUGUACAAACGAGUGGAUGAUUGAAAAUAUUACACAAACAAAGUGGAAGUCAUAUUGAACGUUCAUGGUAACCUUUAGAUAUAAAAUAAGCCCAACUAGACGAACAGACAUAUUUUUUGAGACGCAUGGAUCUUUUUUAUGACCCCGUUUGGACCAAGCAGUUUCGCCGAUCUGCUGAAUGCACCCUUUUCAGACGAUCCUACUUCAGCCUUAGCUUCGGAAGAACUCAAUCCUUUCGCCGACGUAACUCUACACUCACAGCCUUCAUCGCCCCUCCCACUACCUAGUUUUCAAGAAACUUAUUCAGUUCGAUACCAAUCACCAUUCAAGAUGGACGAAGAGUGCUUCAACGUUUCCUAUCAACAGCAUCACUACGAUUACUCUCAGCAGCAGUAUCCGACUGCCAGUCCUUACUAUCCUCCUCCGCCCAGCUUUGAGGCUCACCUAUCCCAGCAGGAAUCAUACUCCCUACCUGUCUACUCGUCGUCAGAACUACACGUCACCACAACUUUAAGUAAAUCACGCAGAGCGUCGCUACCUUUGCAAAGGUCGGAAUCCACGAGCAGUAGCGAAAGUCCAAAGUUACGCAUAGGUCCAACAACGUCUACGUGUUCUUCGGCUUCAAGUAGCCCAGGAGGAAUUCCAGAGUCUUCAUCUAAAGGUCCCACCCCACCUUCGCCGUCCCAACUUUGUGCUGUUUGUGGUGACACGGCAGCCUGUCAACACUACGGAGUGAGAACGUGUGAAGGCUGCAAAGGUUUCUUUAAACGUACAGUGCAGAAAGGUUCGAAAUACGUUUGUUUAGCAGAUAAAGCGUGUCCAGUAGAUAAGCGAAGAAGGAAUAGGUGCCAGUUUUGUAGGUUUCAGAAAUGCCUUGCCGUAGGAAUGGUUAAAGAAGUAGUGCGUACAGAUUCUUUAAAAGGUAGAAGAGGUCGAUUGCCUUCUAAACCAAAAUCACCUCAAGAAUCUCCUCCAAGUCCGCCCGUUUCUUUGAUAACAGCUUUAGUCCGAGCCCAUGUAGAUACCACACCUGACUUAGCCAAUUUAGAUUAUUCGCAAUAUUUGGAACCCAGUCCGAUUGAGCCGAUUGUGUCUGAAGCGGAAAAGAUCCAGCAAUUUUACACCUUAUUAACAACUUCAGUUGAUGUAAUACGACAUUUUGCUGAUAAGAUACCAGGAUUUCAAGACAUACGUUUAGAAGACAGAGAACUCCUUUUCCAAUCCGCUUCCUUGGAACUUUUCGUUUUAAGAUUGGCGUAUCGAACGCAUCCAAAUGAUUCUAAAUUAACUUUUUGUAACGGAGUUGUGUUAGAUAUGCAACAGUGUCAAAGGUCCUUCGGUGAUUGGCUGAAUUCUAUUUUAGAAUUUUGUGCCGGACUACAUGUCAUGGAAAUAGAUAUAUCGGCUUUUGCGUGUCUUUGUGCUCUUACAUUAAUAACAGAUCGACACGGCUUGAAAGAUCCUCACAAAGUUGAGCAACUCCAGAUGAAGAUCAUUUCCUCGCUGCGAGAUCACGUGACGUACAAUGCAGAAGCGCAGAGAAAGUCGCACUAUUUCAGCAGGCUCCUAGGAAAGCUCCCUGAAUUAAGGUCCCUUAGCGUCCAAGGUCUACAAAGGAUAUUUUAUUUAAAAUUGGAAGACCUGGUACCAGCCCCUCCACUUAUAGAAAAAAUGUUCGUGGCUAGUUUACCUUUCUAAGAGGUAUAUGUUUUUAUAUACCUGAUUUUUCUGAAAACGUGAUAAAAUUGUCUAUGUGAUUUGUUGUUAGUAAUUAAGAUUUUAUUUUUGGUUGAGGGAAUAUUUGAAGGACUGUUCUUUUAAGUGUAAAACGUACGUGACAAAAUUAUGCAGACUGUGAAAAUGAAUAUAUGUGAAUAGAUUUUGCAAUGCAUUAAAGCGGCUGAUUUAAAAAUUAGUUGAACAGAUGCUUGCGAUGAAUAAUCCAAUAAAAAAUGUUUCCGUCGAUGGACCAUUUAUGAUUUAACACACUUAAAAUCGUUGAUUAAUAACCCCUAAUAAUGAAUUAUUUUCUAUUAAUCAACGAUUUUGUUAUAUACAACCCAAUAUACUUGCUCUUAUUAUACAUUUAUAUUGACAGUUACCUAUGGUGUAGGCAACCAAACAUAUACAUAUACAUUUGAAAUCAA